AUGAACGGCCUCAACAUCGGUGAUGGUCAGCAGACUGCUGCUCAGCAGCGCUCGUACAUUCCUCCUCAUUUGCGCGGUCGUGGUGGUGCCAGCGCUGGCCCUCCUCCUAUGAUGGCAAACGGCCCUAUUCCCGUUGCUGCUCCAGCUGCUGCUCCCGCUGCCGCCGCUCCCACUCCCGCUGCUGCUCAUGCUGCCACCAAUGGUGGUGGCUCCUGGUCUGGAAAUCAGGGUGGCUAUGGCGGAGGUAGAAACGGCGGCGAAGGCGGCUACCAGGGUAACAACCGACGUGGCGGCUGGGGAGGCCGUGGUGGUUACUCUGGCGGCGGUGGCCAUGAUGGUGGUCACGGUGCUGGUGGUGGUGGUUAUGCUACCCGCGGCUCUGGUGAUGGCCAGUGGCGCGAUGGCAAACACGUUCCCGGUCCUUCAAACCCUCGCGUUGAGCGUGAGCUUUUCGGCACUGCCGAUGAUCCUUCGAAGCAGCACACUGGUAUCAACUUCCAAAAGUAUGAUGAUAUCCCUGUCGAGGCCUCCGGCCAUGAUGUCCCGGAGCCUGUUCACCAGUUCACCUGCCCCCCCUUGGACGAACAUCUGUGCCAAAACAUCGAGCUUGCCCGCUACCAGAUUCCCACCCCUGUUCAGAAGUACUCUAUUCCCAUUGUUAUGGGUGGUCGCGAUCUGAUGGCCUGUGCCCAGACUGGUUCCGGCAAGACGGGUGGUUUCCUUUUCCCCAUCCUCGCUCAGUCUUUCAAGAACGGACCCUCUCCCGUCCCCGGAAAUGCUGCUGGCCAGUUCGGUCGCCAGCGCAAGGCUUACCCUACCGCUCUCAUUCUGGCUCCCACCCGUGAACUGGUUUCCCAGAUCUACGAUGAGUCUCGCAAGUUUGCCUAUCGCUCUUGGGUCCGUCCCUGCGUUGUUUACGGUGGUGCCGAUAUUGGCUCUCAACUCCGCCAGAUUGAGCGUGGCUGCGAUCUGCUCGUUGCCACUCCUGGUCGCCUUGUCGACCUCAUUGAGCGUGGUCGCAUCUCUCUGUGCAACAUUAAGUAUCUUGUUCUCGAUGAGGCCGAUCGCAUGCUCGACAUGGGUUUUGAGCCCCAGAUUCGUCGCAUUGUCGAAGGUGAAGACAUGCCCGCUGUCGCUGAUCGCCAAACUCUCAUGUUUUCGGCCACCUUCCCUCGCGACAUUCAGAUGCUCGCUCGUGAUUUCCUCAAGGACUACGUCUUCCUUUCCGUUGGUCGCGUUGGUUCCACCUCCGAGAAUAUCACUCAAAAGGUUGAGUACGUCGAGGAUGUCGACAAGCGCUCCGUCUUGCUCGACAUUCUCCACAGCCAUGCCGGUGGUCUCACACUCAUCUUCGUUGAGACCAAGCGUAUGGCCGAUUCGCUCUCCGAAUUCCUGAUGAACCAGAGCUUCCCUGCUACGUCCAUUCACGGCGACCGCACCCAGCGUGAGCGUGAGCGUGCCCUUGAGUUCUUCCGCAAUGGCCGCUGCCCCAUCAUGGUGGCCACUGCUGUCGCUGCUCGUGGUCUCGAUAUUCCCAACGUCACUCACGUCAUCAAUUACGACCUGCCUACCGAUAUUGACGACUACGUUCACCGUAUCGGUCGUACCGGUCGUGCUGGUAACACUGGUAUCGCCACUGCCUUCUUCAACCGUGGCAACCGCGGCGUUGUCCGUGAGCUCAUGGAGCUUCUCAAGGAGGCCAACCAGGAAGUUCCCUCAUUCCUCGAGGCUAUUGCCCGCGAGUCUUCCUUUGGUGGAGGUGGCCGUGGUCGCUCCCGUGGCGGCGGUGGUGGUGGCCGUGGUGCUGCUAACCGCGAUUACCGCAAGCUUGGCGGCGGCGGUUUCGGAGGCGGCCAGGGUGGCGGCAGCUUCGGCGGUGGCCCGGGUGCCUACAAUGGCGGCGGCGGCUUUGGUGGUGGUGGCAACAGCUACGGCGGCGGCGGUGGUGGCUACGGUGGCGGCGGCUAUGGCAACCCCAGUGGCCCCGGCAACCAGUCCUGGUGGUAA